AUGGCACCUAAAACUAAAGUUGAAUAUGUUGUUCUAAAACUUACAUAUUCCAUAUCAAUGCAUCCUCAAUCCUGUCCUCAAAUUACAGUGUCACGCAGGAAGCGUUCACCAUGUGACUCCAUACCUCUAGUUAAUGAUUGGUUUGAUCGCAUAAUGACUCAAGAGAAAUCGACUAUACCAUCCACCGCAAAGGUACGUUAUUGUGAGUGGAAUAUUACUUCGGGCAAUGAAGAUUUAUUUAAGGCAAAUGGUCAUCGGUUUGAAAACAUGUAUUUUAUAAUGGGCAAAGAAUCCGUACAUUCGAUGUUCUAUAUGUGCGAGCAUAUAAAUAUGGAAGGACGUCUUUCUUUAACUGCACAUAUUUGCCGCUGCUGUUUCAACAAUGAGUUUGAAAUUGUGGAAUCCGUUAAGGGCUGGCUGAUGGAAAUGACUGGUUGUAACUAA